AAAAGGGAGGGUCAAGGAGCACUGGUACUCCAGGAAGACUCUGCAACCCUCCAUGAUAAACUCCCGUUGCAUUCCCCCAAUGGCCAAUGUGGCUGAAAGUUCGGCAUUAUUGUCUUUGAGAGAGAGACAGAGAGACAGAGAGAAAUUUAUUGAUUGAUUGUGAAUGACUGUUACUGACAAGUCUGCUACUUGAGGUGGCGAGGAACGAAAGAAACAACUGAAGCUUUUUGCGCUGGAAGUCAAUGGUUUAUGCACCGAUACCCAGAGUUUGUGGGGUCUUGAUAUUGACCUGUCUGCUUGACCAAUGCUACGCCGCCGUUGCCAUCGGUUCCAUGACUUCAAGACGACUUCUUGCAACCGCAUCAGAGAUUAGUACAUGCGUGCGCCAAGCGGGAGCUGAUGUUGUCCUGCCAGGUGACUCGGGGUAUGAAGCUGCGCGAGGCCAUGUCUUCAACCACCGGAACCUCUACAAACCUGCUGCGUUCAUUUUUGUCAGCAGCGUGGAUCAGGUCCAGAAUGCAGUCAAAUGUGCUGUACAAUUGAAAGUCGGAAUCGCUCCCCGCAGCGGAGGUCAUUCUUACGAAGACUACUCUCUGGACCAUGGUGUAGGACAUCAGUUCUCUCAACUUCAGGAGGGAAGAAACUUAAGUCGGAACUUGUUACAGGGGGGCGAGAUGGUGUGAUGGUGGUGGAUUUGGGUGGCUUAAAUGAGACCACUCUGAACAAGGCCACGGGGCUUGCCACAGUGGGAGCCGGAGUGAGGCUGGGCCCGAUGAAGUUGGCGCUGUGGAAACAGGGGAAGAGAACUAUCCCGUCAGGAACUUGCCUCACUGUCGGAGUCGGAGGCCAUUCUCUCGGCGGUGGAUGGGGAACGACUUCGAGGAAAUUCGGACUUAUGUCUGACAGUAUAGUUGAAGCCCAAGUGGUCACCGCUAGAGGAAACGUGGUCACUGCAAGUGCCAAGAGUAACCCCGAUCUCUUCUUUGCCCUCAAAGGAGCUGGUGCCAACUCGUUCGGCAUAGUGACACGAUUCACUUUCAAGACUUUCGAUGUCUCCGAGAAAGUGAUCUCAUUUUCAUACGACUACAACGAAACACAGCAGGUGAACGUCUUGAAGGCAUUUCAGAAAUGGGGAUUCAAUGCGCCUGAUGAUGUUUCUGCCUCCCUUUCAGAGUUCUCCACUGGGGGAAACGGCAUGUCUGGAAUAUAUCUCGGCUCCAAGUCCAAAUUCGCCGAUGUUAUGAAGCCCUUUCUGUCAAGCCUCCCAGCUCCCACAAAACGCGAGGAGUUGGAGGCGGACUACAUUUCUACCGUCCUCCAGAACGGCGGAUACAAAGCCACUGAUCCUUCGUCAGUCUUGGGUCUUGUGAAUGUUACUUAUCCUUUUGUGACAUUCAAGUCAAAGUCGAUCUUCGUCAAGAAGAAUGGAAUGUCCGAUGCAGGGGUUCGAGCCUACAUCGAAGCUCUGCGGAGAGGCUCGGGCUAUUCGAUCCUCGACUUGUAUGGGCCUACUUCGGCGAUCAAUAAGGUUCCGUCCAAUGUCACCGCUUUCGUUCACAGGGACGCUCUGUACAGCAUUCAGAUGUUCACUUCUUGGGAGGAGAGCUCUGAUGCCAGCUCCAGCAUCAGCUGGAUCGAGAACCUGUGGCGCACGGCCCGGCGCUUCUCCUCCCCCAGCGCAUACCAGAACUACAUCGACGUGCAGAUGCCCCUCUCUGCUUACUACGGCUCCAACCUCUCCAAGCUCAAGACUGUGAAGAAAAAGUGGGAUCCGAGCAAUGUCUUCAGGUUCCAGCAAAGCAUUCCUCUGAGCUGAACAUCCAAUAAGCUUGGAAAUUAUGGACCCCUCGCCUGUCCGUUUAGGGAAUUCUACUUCCAGGCAUCCAGAGACUUCAGUCCGACACUUCCAGUGCUGCUGCCACUGACUUGCGCCUAAUACUUCUUCGACGGGCGUGUCGAUGUAAGACGUGGCCUCUGUUUAUUAUCUCUCAGAGGACAGUUCAAGGAUAUAGUAGUUCUUCAAAAUUUCCAGGGCUUAGAGUCCAAAUGCAAGAUCGAAUUCAGUGGCUGAACAAGUUUUGUUCCAUAAAUUCGGAGCGCCAUGUUUAGUAGUUAUUUUUUCCAGUCCGAAGAAUAGUGCAAAACGCAGCUCCCGGAGGUCAGCUGUCCUUGGACUUCAGAAGCAGGUUAGUUAUCGAUCGAUCGAUCGUCCUAAGUUUUGCGGACACUGGAUCUUCGACUGCAGCCUUGAGGAUACUCUCAGGGCCGUUGACAAAUUUAGAUUGCAAACUGCUGUCAGCCACCAGGUCUAUGUUUUGCUAUACUCUUCAGCAAUCUGUGCUCAUCGCGAGCAUUGUAUUCUGCAACAUGAGUUCGAAACCAGAGGAAACAGAGAUCUACAGGAAAUAGACACGUAGUGUCGCAUCUUCAUGUCUUCUUUGGUUUUUCAUCUGUGUCACGAUCCUACUCUUCGCACA